AACGCGUUGGCAUAGUGACGGUUUGCGCUCGGAAGUUUUGGGUAUAUUUUUAUCAAAAGGGCACAGUCCUUGUUGCUGCUCAUCCGUCAUCCUCACUGCAUCACUGGUUACCAGGACUUCCACCAGGGCGCGCUGAGGCAGGAAUGGUGUAGUAUCAUGUCCACUAUCGAGGAGCGUACAGCGUAUCUGGAUAAUCCUUACUUCAAAGGGCACAUCUACGGCAACUUCAAUCCGUUCUACGUGACGAUCGCGAUCUGCACCGUGCUCGGGGUAUUCAUAUUCGUGCUAAAUAUCGUGUGUGGCUGCUGUUCCAAGCAUAAGCAGUACUGGCAGGAUCGACACACAGGUAACCGGUGGUUAGUAUCGUUUUGGUCGGCAACACCUCAUAAGCAGCCACCGCUCGAUCUCACAGAACUGAAAGACGCCAGUCACUUCCAACCGGUCAAUCCCGACGUCGAACGCCCAGUGGAGUAUACCGUGUCUCAUCAUCGUCCUCAGUACCAGUAUCCGCCGGCGACCGGUCGUGGAGCUUCACCUCAAGGCUAUCAUCAUCGCGAGGAGUACGUGGAGUUGCAGAAACGCGAAAGUGACAUCUAA